CUAGGUUUGCUAAAAUGAUGUACAGUUUUUUUUAGAUCAAAUGAUGUACAAUUUGAAACAUAGAGUAUACACGGUUUACAUGCAAACUGGUUGUACUAAUUUCAAGGAAAAGGUAUAACGAAUUUCAUUAUGGAUUAUGUGGUCAGGCAACAAGUUCUGCAAGAAACAAGUGGAGAGGUAUGUCGUCAAGCAACAAGUUCGGUCACUGUAUACCGAACUAUCUAUAAACAUGUCUGUCGAAUGCUGGAUAUAUGAUUUUUCUUUUGUUUCCGAAAAAUAUAAAAGAAUAUAACUGCUGGUAGGGAUGUUGUUUUGUUUCCUUUAGAUCCUAAUAACUCGAAUUUAGAAAAAAAAAUGGAAAGAAAAAUCUUUUGUUGGUUGUUGUUGCUGGGCCAGUUCAGGAUUUCACCCAGGCCUGGCAACUACCCGAAACCAGCUCGGCCCAUAACAACAGGCCUGAUCUGAAGUUUCUCCCUCCGCCGCCGCCAACCCUACCGAACAGGCAACCAGCAAGCCCUCCUCCCGCCAAAACCUCCACCAUUUUCCCGCCCAAUCCCUCCUCCAUUACCCUCUUCCCGCCACCAUCCAUCCCGUAUUCCAGUCCCCUCGCCGUCCUCCCAUCCCAGUCCACACUCCACACCCACGCACCCGCAUCCCUCUCCCUAACCGCCGCCGCCGUCGCCGUCGCCGUCGCCGCCAUGUCGGGUUGGGACGAGGGCGCCGUGUUCUACAGCGACCAGGCGCAAUUCCCCCGCGGCGGCCCUGGCGGCGACCCAGCCGCCGACCUCAGCCGCCACUCCGCUCUCCGCAAGUUCAAGGAGUUCCUCCGCGGCUUCACCGGCCCCACCGGCGACUUCCCCUACCGUGAGAGCCUAGUACACAACCGCGACCAUGUCACCGUCGCCAUCGAGGACCUAGAUGCCUUCGACGCCGAGCUCUCCGAUAGGAUCCGCAAGUCGCCCGCUGAUUAUCUUCCGUUGUUUGAGACGGCUGCAGCCGAGGUUCUCGCAAGCCUCCGUUCGAAGGUCGCCGGCGAGACCGGGGAGAUGGAGGAGCCCGUCACCGGAGAUGUCCAGAUCUUCCUCUCCUCCAAGGAGAAGUGCCUGUCCAUGAGAUCGAUUGGGGCAGAUUACAUGUCGAAGCUGGUUAAGAUUGCUGGAAUUGCAAUUGCUGCAUCUAGAGUGAAAGCCAAGGCCACCCAUGUAACUCUUCUCUGCAAGAACUGCCGGAGUGUCAGAACAGUAUCUUGCAGGCCAGGCCUAGGCGGGGCUAUUGUUCCACGAUCGUGUGAUCAUGUUCCUCAGCCUGGAGAAGAGCCUUGCCCCCUGGACCCCUGGAUUCCUGUCCCAGAUAAGAGCAAGUAUGUCGAUCUCCAGACCCUCAAAUUGCAGGAGAAUCCUGAGGAUGUUCCAACUGGUGAGCUUCCUAGAAAUAUGCUUCUGUCUGUAGAUAGGCACCUUGUUCAGACAAUUGUUCCAGGGACUAGAUUAACUGUUGUUGGCAUCUACAGCGUCUACCAAGCAUCCGCAAACCAGAAGUGCGCUGUUGGUGUUAAACAGCCUUACAUUAGAGUUGUUGGUUUGGAGCAAUCUCGAGACAAUAAUUCAAAUGGACCCUCCAAUUUCACUCUUGACGAGGAAAUGGAAUUCAAAGAAUUUGCACAGAGGCCAGAUGCAUAUGCCAAGCUUUGCUCAAUGAUUGGCCCUUCAAUUUAUGGUCAUUCUGAUGUCAAGAAAGCUAUUGCAUGCUUGUUAUUUGGGGGGUCUAAGAAGAGGCUACCUGAUGGUGUACGUUUGAGAGGGGACAUUCAUGUCUUGCUUCUGGGUGAUCCAUCCACAGCAAAAUCACAGUUCCUCAAAUUCGUAGAGAAGACAGCUCCCAUUGCAGUCUAUACGUCCGGAAAAGGUUCCUCUGCUGCUGGUCUCACGGCAUCUGUAACGCGGGAUAGUAGCUCGCGCGAGUUUUAUUUGGAAGGAGGGGCCAUGGUUUUGGCUGAUGGUGGAGUUGUUUGUAUUGAUGAAUUUGACAAGAUGAGACCUGAAGACAGAGUUGCAAUUCAUGAAGCCAUGGAGCAACAGACAAUAUCUAUUGCCAAAGCUGGCAUUACAACAGUACUCAAUUCAAGGACUUCAGUUCUUGCAGCUGCCAAUCCAAUUGCAGGACGUUAUGAUGAUCUUAAGACUGCACAAGAUAAUAUUGAUCUGCAGACAACCAUUCUUUCUAGAUUUGAUCUAAUCUUUAUUGUAAAAGAUAUCAGAAUGUAUGAUCAAGAUAAGCGAAUAGCAAGCCACAUUAUCAAGGUGCAUGCCAGUGGUGCUGCUGCUUCAUCCAAGAACACAGAAGCAAAUGAAGGAGAAAAUUGGCUGAAAAGGUACAUUGAGUACUGCCGUGCUACUUGCAAACCACGGCUUUCAGAAAAAGCUGCUGAGAUGCUGCAAAACAAAUAUGUUGAGAUUAGACAGAAAAUGAGACAGCAAGCUCACGAGACAGGGAGGGCCGCAGCGAUACCCAUUACUGUGCGGCAGCUUGAAGCCAUCAUACGUUUGAGCGAAUCUCUUGCAAAGAUGAGAUUGACAAGUGUGGCCACACCAGAGCAUGUUGAAGAGGCAUUCAGACUAUUCAAUGUUUCCACCGUUGAUGCUGCAAGAUCUGGAAUCAACGAGCAUUUGAACUUGUCACCAGAAAUUGCAAAUGAAAUCAAGCAAGCGGAGGCACAAAUAAAAAGAAGAAUGGGCAUUGGAAGCCACAUAUCUGAGCGACGGCUGAUUGAUGAGCUAACUAGGAUGGGAAUGAAUGAAUCCAUUAUCAGAAGAGCCCUUCUGAUCAUGCAUCAAAGGGAUGAAGUAGAGUACAAGAGGGAGCGCCAUGUGAUCGUCCGAAAGGCUUGAUGACGGUGGAUGGGUGGAGAAUUCACAUCCAUGACAUUGAAGGCGUCCUCUCUACUGCUGUGUGUAUACCGUCACUGAAACUGCCUCCCCUUCCUGGGAGGAGGACGAGGCCCACAGGCUCCGCAGAAGGAUGGAUGAAUGAAGUUCUGGCCUGUGAGGAGAUGGCAAGAUGUGUAGCCGUACCACAAUAGUGUGUUGCUGUGAUCCUAAUUUUCCAGUGUGACUGACAAUGUAGGCGCUUAGCUUUGGAGCCAAGGCUCCGAACCUGUACUACUUACCACCGUUCAUGGUUGCAAAGUUUGUUUUCUGCAUCACAACUCGAUCUGUUAAAGAAUCA